GCAGUUGAAGCCAAAGAAUAGACAGGGGAGAAGCUACAUUAGCCUAGCCGCCUCGUUCUCCUCGUUAUUUCCGCCUUUAUGUGAUGAUUUGACCGAUUCUAGAAACAUCUCCACCUCCAGAGGACUCUAACGGUUCUUCAGUCGCUCCUUGCCCGCCGCAGAGCCUCUUCCUCCGGGUAUCAGCAACAUGUCGAGCCGCCUGGCCUUCCAGACUCAGCUGGCCUCCAUCAUGGAGGUCCUAGCUAACGCGGCGGUAGCAGAAAUCUGUAAGCUGGUGGACGAUGACUACGCCGUGGUCAGUCUGCAGAUGUCCCAGUGUCAGAGAGAGAACAAGGCCUUGAAGAGGAAGCUACACCUGCUGGAGCUCAAGAUGGCCCGGGGCAACGCCGAGAGGAGGCUCCGGGAGAGCGCCAUCAACGGGGGCCGGCCCAGGAUCCAGAUCAGCGGGGGAGAGAGGCUGCGAGAGGUGGCUAACACGGCCAGCGCGAGUCCUACCUGUACAGAUGGAGGUUUCAGGGGUCAGAUGGAGGUGACUCUGUGGUCGGACCGAACUGCUGCUGGAGACCCUGAACUGAUCCACACUGAGCAUGUGCAAACAAAGCCCGCUGUGCAGUCUCCAGACGUGGAGCUGGUGGAGGCGGAGGCGGCCCAGGUGAAGGAGGAGAAUGUGGAGGCGACCCUGUCGAGGCUUACAGAGGCGGAGGAGGUGCUGAUCAGAGACGAUGGAGUGGUCGAGCAUCUCCCCCGCGGAUCAGGACAGAGACCCGGCCUCCACCAGGACACCCAGUCCACCUCCAACCAGACCCCAACCACGGCCCCGACUUUGACCCCGACCCUGGGCAGCAGGAGGCAGCGUGGCAGCAGAGGAGUGGAGCAGAAGACAGAGGAUGAGGACGACGUGGUUUUGGUGAAGGUGGAGGGGAUGGAGGAGGUGGGGACAGAGACUCAGAGUCAGACCAGCCUCAGCAUCCAGGAGGGUCUGGUGGAGUCAAGCACUGAUGACUUCAGAGCCAAUCUGCCAUUUGAUGACCUCACACAGAGCUCCACGAAUCAGCUGUCUGACCUGCAGGAGAAUGGGCAGGGCUUAUCAGAGUCAGCAGAGUCGACCCCUGUGAUGUCACAUGACCUAGGCAGCGUGGUGACGGUCCAGCUGAUGGUCCCAGACACGGUCCCAGACUCUGAGAGGACCAGGGUCAGAUCUACGGCGAGGACGUCCGCUCGCUCCGACUUCUCUCUCUUUGACUUGGAGUCCUUCUUUACCCGCUGGGCCCCCGACUCUGAGCCUGCAUCGGCCCCUGGAGGCCCCUCCUGCUCUUUCACCAACCAUGACUCAGCACAGAGUGAGCAGGACCAAGUCAUUAUUGUAGAGAGUGAGGCUCAAGAUGGGGUUCAGGCCCCACAGGAGGCCGCAGGGAGGCUGAGUGGAGUCCAUCAGACCAGAACACAAGCUGUCCCUUCUGUGCCCGCCCCCCAGAGGAUUCAGGCUCCGCCCCCUCAGCCUCUGUGGACCAGAAGCUCCGCCGUGAUGAGGAGCGCUCAGGCUCCUGGAGUUAGACCUGCCCAGACCACAGCUCCCAGUAACCCUCCCAGUGUCAGCUCCAAGGCAGCGUCCUCCUCUGCACAGCAUCGAGCCAGCUUCCUGUCCCGCCACAAUAAAAGCCUGGCUGUGGGCAUGGGGCCCAAUGAUCGGCGCAGGAAGCGGUACAUGUGCCGAGCGUGCGGUAAAGCGUUCUCUGGCGUGUCCAACCUGGAGGCCCACGAGAGGGUCCACACGGGGGAGAAACCGUUUUGCUGUGACACGUGUGGGAAACGAUUCUCUGAGGCUGGGAACCUGAAGAAACACCAGAGGGUCCACACCGGGGAGAAACCCUUCAGCUGUGAGCGUUGUGGGAAGACUUUCGCCUGGAUCUGCAACCUCAGGACUCACCAGCAGUCCGCCACGGGCUGUGGGGCCCAGGGCCGACCAGGGGCUGGGCUCAGCUGAUGACUGUUUUUAUAGUUCAGUCUUGACUUUAUGACACAUUUUAUUUUAUCGAUUAGUUAAAAAAUAGAAGAAAAAAAUAAGCCAGAGACCAACAGACAUGAAUUUAAGAACUGUAGAAAAGUACUGGACCAUGUGACUGACAGCUGUGUCCUAUUACAUUGAUUAUUCACACAAUAAAUAGCACUGAAUGUCUACACUCAA